AUAUUACCGUAUUCUAGACGGAGUUGGCACCCUACGCGAUCCCCUUCAAGAGCCACUUGGCUAGUCGGAGAGAAUGGCGGAGCUAAUUACUUUACUCUCCUCAACUCUUAAGGUUUCCGACCUCUCUCUCCCCUCCACCUCCGCUAAUGGCUUCCUCCAUUCGAAGAAAGGCCGAAGAAAUCCAUUCUAUCAAUGGCGGUGCUACCGAUUCCGCGGCUCAAAUUCGUCAAGAAGGCCUCGAGAACCGGUGGGAAGAGGAUAGGCGGGCAACUAGACUUUGGACAUGAGCUUUCCAGACAUAUGCAAUGGUAAGGAAACUGAAGUAGCAUAUGCGAAAGAUAAUAAACCUCAUUUAGCAUCAACUGUUGUUCAAGAGAAAGAAUACUAUACUAGUGCAAAUGAUGAAUCAACUCCUCCAAAUUGUGAUGUAACACAAAGAUUUGAUGAAAAAGGAGCCCAAGAUAUUGUAGUUGGAGUCCCAGAUAGAUCAAUAAUGGCAAGCGAACAGAGUUUUUCUGCUAAUAUUAAUGGUUUCGAUCCUACAUCUGCUUUUAGUGGUAUUUCUGCACGACUGAGCCGGCAAUUCUGGAGUGCUGGUGAUUACGAAGUCAGACAAGCUCAUGGACUAGCAUAUCAAGAUGGUCAAAAUCGUUUAUGUGUCCAUCCCAAAUUCCUCCAUUCUAAUGCUACUUCACACAAGUGGGCUUUUGGUGCUAUAGCUGAACUUCUUGAUAAUGCAGUCGACGAGAUACAAAAUGGUGCUGCCUUUGUCAUUAUAGAUAAAAUUGCAAAUCCACGAAAUGGAAAUCCUGCUUUGCUGAUUCAAGAUGAUGGAGGUGGGAUGGAUCCAGAAUCCUUGCGGCGUUGCAUGAGCUUUGGUUUUUCUGAUAAGCAACCAUGUUCUUCCAUUGGACAAUAUGGAAAUGGUUUCAAGACUAGCACUAUGCGACUUGGGGCAGAUGUUAUUGUUUUCACCCGCAGCAAGCAUGAAAUGGAAUUGACUCAAAGUGUCGGACUGCUUUCCUAUACCUUUCUAAGACGGACAGGUUGCAAUGACAUAGUUGUACCAUUGGUGGAUUACAGAUUUGAUCCAUCCAGUGAUGUAUUUAAAAGGUUAUUCCGACAUGGUCAAAAGCAAUUCUCCUCCAAUUUGUCUAUGCUCUUAAAAUGGUCCCCUUUUGCUACAGAAGAUGAGCUCCUAAAGCAUUUCAAUGACAUGGGGAACCAUGGUACAAAAAUUAUUGUGUACAAUUUAUGGUUCAAUGAUGAGGGGAAGAUGGAACUUGAUUUUGAAUCUGAUACAGAGGAUAUUAUGAUCAGUGGAGCACCUAAGCCUGUGCAAACUAAUAGCAUUUCAAAGAUGCUAACUCAAAAUCAUAUUGCAAAUCGACUCCAUUUCUCCUUGCGAGCAUACUCCACCAUCUUAUAUUUACACUUGCCCAAAUUUUUUAAAAUUAUUCUGCGUGGGCGAGUAAUUGAGCAUCACCGUAUAGCUAGUGAUCUUAGAUAUUGUGAAUGCAUCAAGUAUAUGCCACAAGUUGGGGGAAGGACAGAGGCCGAGGUCAUCACAACCAUCGGAUUCCUGGAGGGUGCCCCAGAAGUUAAUGUUCAUGGAUUUAACAUAUACCAUAGAAAUCGUCUUAUAUUGCCUUUCUGCCAAGUUGUUAACUCUACAGGCAGCAAAGGUAGAGGUAUUGCUGGUGUACUAGAGGCAAACUUUAUUAAACCUACACAUGACAAGCAAAGUUUCGAAAAGUCGACCCUUUAUCAAAAACUUGAAUCACGCUUGAGGGAAAUGACCUAUGAGUAUUGGGAGUGUCAUUGCCAUUUGGUGGGUUACACCAAAAACUUUUCCUGUAUAGCCCGAGCUCCUAAUGCUGCUCUCCAUCCACUGCCUCCCUCAGGAUGCAGUGUAGGACCAGUAGUAGUGAAUCCUAGAGCUCCACAAGUUCCAAGACACAAUCCCUCUAUCCUAUCAGCAACCGUCCAGGUUGUGACUGGACUCUGUGCUGCAUCAUGCUCAACACAGGGAGAAUAUAUGCACAACUGUAGUGCCAGUUCUGCAACAGGUUUGAUAGAGAAAAGGAGAGGUGAGAUUAUUGCAGGAUUUGAACGGUCGAAAAGGCAGGCUCUGUCUUGUGAAAAGGAAGCUGGGAUUGUAAAAAAAUUCCGUCGGCAAAACAAGUUUGGUAAUGAUGUUGGGCAGCGGCGAGCACAGAUUUUAGCUAUGAUGCAGGAAAAUAAGAAGAUUCAUGCAGAGUGGGUGUUUGCACUAUGAGAAGAUGCAGAAAGAGCUCUCUCUCAAGGCCCAAAAGCUUAGAGUAGAAGUUGAACGAGUUCAAAAGCUCUACGCGAACCUAACAGUGGAGCUCCUAUCGAUGGCCAAUGUCAAGUUGGAAAAUUAUAAAUGCAUAUAGGUCUUUUUUUUUUGGUACUUGUAUAUAUGUUUUUACCUCCCUUUUCAGCAUCACGAGUCUUGUCGGGCAUUGAUGGGGACAUCAGAGCCCUUCAUUCAGAUGAUCCUGAGCUUCCGGAUUGAGUCAGACCCGGAUUGGGUCCAUUCGAGUCCAAAUCAUUUUUUUUUAUUGCAUUAUUUGUUUUUGUCUUAGUCAAGUCAAUUCGGUCAGUUGUUUUAUUAUUAGACUAGUCAAUUGGGUUUAUGUAAUUGGGUCAUUUUAGUGGACCGAUGUUGGUAAGGGAUUAAUUGAUGUAAGGGUCCAAAUUUAGUCAGUGUCAAUCGAUUGAUUUGGUCAAUUGAUUACUUGAUUUGGUCAAGAUGUAAGGUCUAUAUAAAGAUCCCCUCUCUCAUGUAUGAGGUAAUUGAUGAUUGAAUGAAAAAAUCCUAGCCUCUUUCUUGUUCUU